UAAAUACUGUUGCUACAGUUGGCUUGGAUGUUUCUUUCACCUUCAUAUGCUUCAGUUCAGUUGGCUUCUUUUGCAGUUACUAUAUGGAAAAGACAAACCGGGAAAGGGCAAUACAUUCAGGAAGAAAACAUGUAUGUGUUCGCUUUAUUAAUUUAAAAUAAUUUUCAUCAUCCUACCUGUGGCAUUUGGACAUUCCGACUGAAUACCAAUUACCAGUUCCUCUUUGCGUGUGCAGACUUGCCCCUGAUUUCAGUGUUGAGGCAUGUUUUGUUUUACUAAAAUUCAGUGUUUUUAAAGCUGAGCUCAUUUAUUCCCUCUUAUUUGGUACUCCAAGGCAGAAUCAACGCACAUCAGUUUUAUCAUCAUUCAGGAGUGGUGUUAUAUCCAUUUAUAUUAUUUUUAUUGGCUCCCCCUUGAUUAGAUUUAAGGUUCAAGCUAAUAGACUUAGACUAAUAGACGCAAGUGACCCAAUGGAGUCUUGGCGUUAUGUUGAACAGUGCGAUCACAGCUAAAGCUGUUUCUGAGCCAAAUGUUUUGUAUGCUUUGACCAUGUUUGGGGUCUCACUUAAACUAUGUAUUUUCCUCUUUUUGAUUCAAGGGCAGCAAUCUAAGUGCGCUUUAAAAAUCAGUAAUUGGCCUUUCAAUAGCUAUAAGCCAACAUACACACGUUCUUUUUGUGCCAAAUAAAGCUUUUACUUUUUUCAUCCUCCAUCUGUUUUUCUUCAAGCCCGAGACGCUUACUAAUAGCAAGCUUGGACCCAGAUGUUAAAGUGACCCUUUUGAUUAGUCCUCUCUGUAGUAGAGGUUAGUCAGUGGUUAGCUUGUCGCAGUGGCAGGAGGUCAAGUCUAAUGAGAGGUGGAUAGUGAAAUUCGAUUAAACUAAAUGAGCCCCGAGCACAACCCUCAGUUUUAAAGAUAAUUACUUCCUAUUUCCCCUUGAAAAGGGUCAGCCUGUCAGCAACAAGAAUGACCUUUCUUUAAUUACAGAUGGGUAGGAACAGACAGAACACAGGCAGAGGAAAGAAAAGCUUUAUUUGGUAGCAGACGUGGCAGGUAAUCAAUCUCCCUGUCGAGAGACUGUGGGAGUUGACAUUCAAAAUCUGGCAGACCAAAGUCCAAACAAAACAUACAGAUUUCAGAUUUUGACAUUUUAAAACUGUAGGUAAUGUUUUUACUUAGUAACCAGCAUCCAUCUGUACUUGUCUCACUUGUUAUUUUCUUGUUCAUGCUCUGCUACUACUGCUUCACUUGAAUAUUACACUAUUUAUCAUUGUCGUUAUUUGCCUUCUCACAAAAUUGGGAUCCUACAUAUGUUAAUGGUUAUAAAAUGCAAAAUAAGUCAAUAGUCCAUGUGUAUGUAUAACAUGAGGCAGGCCUCUUGUAUUGGGUAGCUUAGUUUAUUUAACAUUGCAAAUGCAUCCAACCAAGCUAUCAACUGGUCAACUUGGUUUGCAAAAAUGUUGUAAAAUGCUGUCUUUUUCCAUGUCAUGAUUGAUCAGGUGAUUGGAAAAUGAUAGCUUGAUUCGUACUGAAAAUAUGCAUUUGUAUUUUUUGUCUCGGUAACCAAAGCAUGGUGAAUGAUGUUAAGACUAGGGACACAAAAUAAAGACUAUCACACAGCCAGUACAGCCACUACUAUGCCUGCAUAUAAAGGUUUACAUGCUUUGUUUUAGAUUGUAUUGAGGAACUCCUGUUUCCAUGCCAUUUGGGUGUUUAGGCUUCUGCAAAUGUUUUACAAUGGGUUCAACAUAAACCAAAUGAUUGCCUGAGAUCUAAAUCGAGACAAUAGGUGUACUUGGUAAUGAUACAUUCAAUACACGAUGUUAAUUUUUUUAUCAUUAUCUAUCAAAACCUGUUCUUCCUGUCCUCUUUGAUCCUUCAACAAGCAGCAGCCCCCUCGCUGUAUCUAACCAACCUUCAUGAUCAGAAAUAAUUCAGCGCACUAUCUUUGUUAAAAACUGCCUGCCAUCAAUAUAACAUGCAUCUCUUUUUAAAGAAAGGUGUUCAAGACAAUGCUUGAUUACAGUAGUGUGUUUGACAUCCUGUCAGUCAUCCAUGUUACUGAGGUAUCAGUUUUUUUGCUGGAGGACUACACGAUUACUUAGGAGUAAAAAGCAAUGGCACCAGCUUAAACCACACAAAUAUUUGCUGCUUAUUAAUUUGUGUAAUCAGUCCGGUGUGUUUUUAGAUAAGUAAUGUGGUGAUCAAUGAUCAUUGUCCCGCUUGUUAAGCCAGUUUGCCAGCUGGUUUGUGCUAGUGGUGGUGUUGACGCUUGCUCUGCCUGACAGUUCUGUUCUGCAAGGAGUCGGUUUCGCCGAGUUAACUUUAAUUGCCUGUUUCCUGUGGAAGUUGCCUUGGCUGCAAUGGCGUUUACAAAUAAUGAAAAAAGAUAAGAGUGAAGGGGAGCCAGCUCUUUACCCAUGAAUAUUGAAUUGGAAGCAAUUUUUUUCAGUUCCCCCUACACCGUCUUCCCCCAUUCCUUUUCUCGCCCUUUUCCUCACUCAUCUGCCCAACCACAUUUUACUAAUGAGGCUUCUUGAUAACGAUCCCUGCACACCUUUCCUCAUUAGGCACACUGAAUAAGGACGCCCUGGCCCUAGUCCCAUGCUCACUCUUCCACCCUCUUAUUUACUGAUUCUGUCUAUUGUUUACAUUUUGUCUCCCAAACCUCACAGGAAACGGUGUGCUUGAGCCUAUGCACCUUUAAAAUAUUGCUAGGCAAUGGUGCCUCUCAGUUGCUUAUAUAUACUAUACGCUUCCAUGUUCAGUUUUAGAAGCGAAUAAUAUUUAAUAAUUUCUGUCUGUUAAAUAAACCAGAGUCGUGAGCCCUCUUCUUGUAUAUUUCCCGCACUGCAUGUAUGGAUGAUUUAAUUGAGGUAUCAUCUAGGGCUGUCACAAACGAUUAUUCUGAUAGUCUACUAGAAUAUUUUUUUAUUUUUGCGUUUAGUCGACUAAUCGGAUCAUGUCGCUGGCGUGGGGCCGAAACCACCCAUGUCCAAAUGUAUUCAAUUAUAUUAUAUAUUUUUGAGUUUUGAAAAUGGCUUGGUCUCUUUUGAUGACGCAAUGUUAAUGGCGCCACAUACAGUACAUGCCGUUUUUUUUAUUUCCUGAAAAGUCCGUUUUGGAAGUAUGAGAAUUCUGUCCCAAUGCCAGGGGUAUGUAAAUUGCAUCGUAUCGCACCAGCAAGCGGCUGCUCUUUUACAACAGUCAUUGGCUUCCAGCUUGAAGUACGUAAGGUCUGUGCAAAAGAGAAUUAAGAUCAUUUGUAACUUUGUCUACAGAUAGAACAGUUUCUUAUUUACAAUGUUGCUCUGGUAAUAGGGGCGGCAUGGUGGACGACUGGUUAGCACAUCUGCCUCACAGUUCUGAGGACCGGGGUUCAAAUCGCGGCCUCGGCUGUGUGGAGUUUGCAUGUUCUCCCCGUGCCUGCGUGGGUUUUCUCCGCGUACUCCGGUUUCCUACCACAUCCCCAAAAACAUGCGUGGUCGGUUGAGACUAAAUUGCCCGUAGGUGUGAAUGUGAGUGCGAAUGGUUGUUUGUUUCGAUGUGCCCUCCGAUUGGCUGGCGACCAGUUCAGGGUGUACCUCACCUCUCCCCCAAAGAUAGCUGGGAUAGGCUCCAGCACGUCCGUGACCCGCGUGAGGAUUAGCGGUACAGAAAAUGGAUGGAUGGAUCUGGUAAUAUUACAUGUAACUUUUAAUAAACUUUACAGCUUGUACCAGUAUUCCCGACAUGGUUUUAUAUAUAUGAUAGUGCAAAUCAAAAUGAAGGCGAUAAGCUGUCCCUUAAUAUUUUUAGCUGUAAAUGUUUAGUGCACUUUAAAAUGGAGCCAAUCAUGUCCAAUCACAACAAGGGAACUGGGAAAUAAACUUUUAUAGUCAAGAUUUUUCUGGGGCUCUUUUUUCGAAUGUUCUGUAAUAUUAGCACAUACUUUGACACAAAUGUAAACCUCAUGAAAGUCUGUUUAGAAAUGACAAAGUUCUGAUUCAUUUUCAAUGCAGAUGCAUUGCCGCCGAUGAGAAUGUUGCCCCUGCCAACAUGGACACCACGUAGGCACGUCGCUCAGCCGGCCUGCUACAGUGAAUCGAUCUAUUAGUAUAUGUGGUUAUAACAUUAUAUCAGACACAUAACCUGUGUGCUAAGGCUAAUGAAAUUGUCAUCAUUAGCCUCAAGCUAAUUUUAAUUUAAGGUAGUAGCUGGAACUUGUCACAAGUUGUUGCUGUUCAUUUAUUAUUCUUUUUUGAGAACUUUGGUAAUUUGUGUUUUUGUCCCUUUUAAGCAGGUGUCAAGGUGUGGUCAACCAUCGUGUGGCAUUGUCCUCCUUGUUUUUGAAAGGGAAUAAAACUGCCAUUGUCUGAACCACAAACCUGAAUGCCUGUGUCCCAUGCCCCUUUCUAUCCGCACAAAACCCUCCCCAUCACAACCCACCAUCUAACGCAACGCAGAGCAUGCGGUGUAGAGGAGCGCCAGCACGAGUAGGGUUUCAUUAACAUUUACAGCGUUAAACAAUUGGUUCACAGCCGUUGACACUAAUAUGAGCUGCUAUCUUGCCAAAUAGCUUCCCAAGAUGAGUGUCCCUCUUUGUCAGAAAUUGAAUCAGCUACAACGUCUUUUCAUUUUAGAUGCUCGUGCAUCACUAUCGUGCAGCCAUGAAAGGCAGGUUCUGUCUCACAGGUUUUGCAUCGCGUUCCUCUUCAGUAUUUUUGAUGAAAUGCUCAGAUUUCAAACUCCGUUGCUAACACCGGUUAGCCCUAGUUUUUCCAGGUACGUCACACGACUACUGUGCAUGUGAGUCACCAGAAAAACCCAGAUAAGCACUACUGCGCAUGUGCGUCAAGGGCCAUAAAGGCGGACAACAGCAGCAGCUACAGGCCCAGCACCUCUCCCACGCAGCCCAUGGACCCCCUGUGCAGCUGCCCCCUCACCCUUCAGGUCUGCAGCCACCCGGUAUCCCCUCUGCGACUGGUGCUGGCUCUGGACUGCUUGCGCUUGGUGCACUUGGCAGCCAGGCUCACCUGCCUGUAAAGGAUGAGAAGAACCAUCACGACCUGGAGCACAGAGAACGAGAGUCGAGCACGAAUAAUUCUGUGUCGCCGUCAGACAGCCUGCGGGCAGCAAGUGAAAAGCACCGCGGCUCAUCAGAUUAUGGGCUUGACCCUAAGAAACGCAAAGUGGACGACAAGGACAGCAUGAACAGAUAUGAUAGUGAUGGAGACAAGAGCGAUGACUUAGUGGUGGAUGUUUCAAAUGAGGAUCCAGCCACCCCUCGUGUGAGCCCUGCUCACUCUCCUCCAGAAAACGGCUUGGACAAAUCACGGGUUCUGAAGAAAGAUGCCGCACCCAAUAGCCCUGCCUCAGUGGCGUCCUCAGGAAGCACACCAUCCUCCAAAGCAAAGGACCACGCCCAUAUGGCGAAUGACAAGUCAUCUACACCAAGCCUGAAGUCCAACACACCCACUCCAAGAAACGAGGCACCCACACCAGGAACAAGCACCACUCCUGGGCUGAGGCCUCUGACUAUGGGCAAACCGACUGGCAUGGAGGCAUUAACUGCCCCUGCCCUUCGCACCCCCCUGUCUAUUGCGGGUUCCUACGCCACCCCCUUUGCUAUGAUGGGUCAUCAUGAGAUGAAUGGAUCCCUGACCAGCCCGGGUGUCUAUCCUGGUCUGAUUUCUCCUCAGAUGAGUGCAGCGGCUGCUGCUGCUGCUGCUUAUGGACGCUCGCCAAUUCCUCAUCAGUUUGACCCGCGCAUUGACCAGCGUUGGCAUGAAUUAACCAUCUUAGCUGCGGGGUUCGACCCUCAUCCCCAUAUGAGAGCUCCUGGCCUGCCAACCAGCCUCCCUUCCAUUUCAGGUGGAAAACCGGCGUAUUCUUUUCAUGUGAGUGCGGACGGUCAGAUGCAGCCUGUGCCCUUCCCUCCAGACGCACUGAUAGGCCCGGGCAUCCCACGACACGCUCGUCAGAUCAACACACUGAGCCACGGGGAAGUUGUGUGUGCUGUCACCAUCAGCAAUCCCACUCGUCACGUCUACACAGGCGGCAAGGGCUGUGUGAAGAUAUGGGACAUCAGCCAACCAGGCAGCAAGAGCCCUGUGUCCCAACUUGACUGUCUGAACAGGGACAAUUACAUCCGCUCCUGUAAGCUGUUGCCUGACGGCCGCACCCUAAUCGUGGGUGGCGAGGCCAGCACACUGACCAUCUGGGACCUGGCAUCACAGACGCCACGCAUUAAAGCAGAGCUUACCUCCUCUGCCCCGGCCUGCUACGCACUGGCCAUAAGUCCUGAUGCCAAGGUCUGCUUUUCCUGCUGCUCGGAUGGUAACAUUGCUGUGUGGGACCUCCAUAAUCAGACCCUUGUUAGGCAGUUCCAAGGCCACACAGAUGGAGCCAGCUGUAUCGACAUCUCUCAUGAUGGGACCAAGCUCUGGACCGGCGGGUUGGACAACACUGUCCGUUCCUGGGACCUGAGAGAAGGGCGACAGCUCCAGCAACAUGACUUUACCUCACAGAUCUUCUCUCUAGGCUACUGCCCCACUGGAGAAUGGCUGGCUGUGGGCAUGGAGAGCAGCAAUGUGGAGGUGUUGCACCACACUAAGCCUGACAAAUACCAGCUACAUCUGCAUGAAAGCUGCGUCCUCUCACUCAAGUUCGCCUACUGUGGUAAAUGGUUUGUAAGCACGGGGAAGGACAAUCUGCUGAACGCAUGGAGGACUCCCUAUGGUGCCAGCAUAUUCCAGUCCAAGGAGUCGUCAUCGGUUCUGAGCUGUGACAUUUCAGCGGAUGACAAAUACAUUGUGACGGGUUCUGGUGACAAGAAGGCCACAGUCUACGAGGUCAUCUACUAGAGGCACGCUUACUCUGCUUGAGCACUUCUACUGAGACUACUCUUUUCAUUGACCCUGCCUGCAUCUAUCUGCAAAGUGGAACAUAACGCGCAAGACUUUUAUCCACCCCUGAGUACAGCUGCGACAGAGAUGAUUUUUGCAGCGUGCAGCCUUUUCUUUUGGUGGGGAAGUGAAGAGGGUUCGCAUUUUUGCGUCUUUUGUAUUUUUGCAAGUAUUUGAGCAUAACCCAAUGAAGCAGUGCUUCAACCCUGAGAACCAUGGUCCACAGAUGUGAUGUGAAAAAUGUACAUAAUGGAUUAUAUAAAUACAUUUUAUAUAUAUAUUAUAAAUAUAUAUAUAUUUUCAUGUCCUGGGUGUAAUUGUGAUAUGUUUUGGUUCUUACCGUCUUACAAAAUAUGUGAGUGCAAAUCAGAGAUUAGAAUUUAUGAACGUAACUCACCUUGUUUUUGUUUCCUUGAAGCACAUUCUCUGGGCUGACCUUUUCAACAAGAUGCGGAGAAGCAGGACGUUGUAAAGUAGAGCGCUGUGGAACUUUUAAAUGGCCUUUUCAGCUCAGUGCUCUUGCCAGAUGACAACGUGGUCUGGUCUGCAUUGUGGAGCUACUGACUCAUUUGUGCCACAGUGGGACCACGCAAGACGCUGAUCGAAAAGAAAAGAUUGGUUGUUGAAUUCAUAGCUAGAUAUCAGACAGACAGGCAAAUGGAAUGUGUAUGUGUG